UAAAAAAGUACAUUCUACAUCGCGAGUUCGCUUCAACGGAGGCCGGCGGACGAACUGCAGCUCCGCCCUCAUGGCAAACAACCUUCGCUUGUAUCUGACCUGCAUCCGAAACACUCUCGAAGCUGCAAUGUGCCUGCAGAAUUUUCCCUGCCAAGAAGUUGAAAGACAUAACAAACCUGAAGUUGAGCUAAAGACUAGCACAGAGCUACUAUUGAAUCCGGUUUUGAUUUGUCGAAAUGAGGCAGAAAAAUGCCUAGUUGAAACUUCAAUCAAUUCUAUCCGUGUAAGCGUGAAGGUGAAGCAAGCAGAUGAGCUGGAAAACAUACUUGCAAAGAAGUUUCUUAGAUUUUUGUCAAUGAGAGCAGAAGCAUUCCAAGUUUUAAGAAGAAAACCGGUGCAGGGCUAUGAUAUUAGUUUUCUAAUUACAAACUACCACUGCGAGGACAUGCACAAGCAUAGACUUGUUGAUUUCAUUGUACAAUUUUUGGAGGACAUUGACAAGGAGAUCAGUGAGCUGAGGCUCUCAGUGAACACAAGAGGACGUUUAGUAGCUACAGAAUUUCUGAAGCAGUUUAUCUGAGACUGAUUUUGAUAGUUCCAAUGGAUAAUCUAUAUAGUUUAUGUACUUCUUUUGCGUGCAGAAUAAAUUGUAUUAUGUAGUUCUUUGACAUUGGGAAGUGGCCUUAGUGGUUCCCUUAGGUGAAGGGGAAAUGGCUCAUCUCAAAAAGAAAAAAAAAAAUUCACAUGAAUGCUAUGGUUUCAUGGCUUUUCUGAAAUGAAUGGGUUUCAGUUCUUCAUCAGAACCUUGUACUGAUUUUAUAUUUAUGUAUAUUUCCUUUAUUUAAA